AUGUCCUCGCGCAAGAUCUCAUCGGAGUCGUUCAGCUCGGUGGGUUCCGACUGCCUCGAGAGCCCCGACGACGCCGAGUGCCCGUUCUCGCGCGCCUUCUGGAACGGCCGGAGCCCCGCAGAGACCCGCGCGUGCCCGUUCGACGAGCAGGCUGCGACGGGCGCGAGGCGGGCCGCCAGGAGGAAGCGCGUGAACCUGGACUCGCUCGGGGAGAGCUUGAGACGCCUCACCUCACCCACGACACAGACGAUCCAGCAGGCUCUGCAGAGAACUGUGGACUUCUAUAGACAGAGAAAUAACAGGUAUCUGCUCUCUCUCUCAUCCUCUCUCAGACACACACACACACACACACACAAAUGUGCAUUAGAAAAAUGUCUGUUUGUAAACUCCCAGUGUGACAACCAAACUGACAUCUCAGGAAUUCUGCAGUACACGGCGGCAAUAGUGGGUGUUGGGUUCCCUACGCUCCGAGAGCGUUUCGGUGAAGAGUUCUUCGGACUUUGUUUAGAGGAGAACGAGCGGGUUCUCCGCGCUCUGGGUGGGAACUUGCAAGACUUCUUUAACGGUUUUGAUGCUCUGCUGGAGCACGCGAGGACUUCAUAUGGCCGCAGAGCGUCUUCGGAGUCAGCGUCGUUUCUGUGCAAGGACGCAGAGGAAAACAGACGCGAUGAGGGAGGUGGAAGAACCCAACUUCUGCACUGCUUUAACCCGGACCCUACGGUGGGUGUGGCCAUGCCGGGGUUGAUCCGAGCUGCUGCUCGCCGCAUAUACCAAGCAGAAGUUGAGGUGGAGGAGGCUCCGCCCACACGUCUCCGUGCAAUCAACGAGGAUGGAGAAAUCUCUGAUCACUCUACCCCAUCGUCGUCUCCAUCUCCACCCACUUUCUCAUCCCCCGGCUGUUUGUCGUUCCUCAUUCGAGAAGUUCGGAUUGCGUCGUCUUCGCCAUCACCGUCAUCGUCGUCAUCAUCCUCACGUCAGCUAUCACGCUCGCCAGUGGACCUUCGCAUUGGACUGAGCACAUUCUGCAGAGCGUUUCCAUUUCACCUUAUCAUCGGCCCUAAUAUGGACGUUCUGCAGGUAGGGGUGGGACUAAAGAAUGUUGGGGAGGGGCUUAGGAAGCCACACAGGACGCUGAGCUUCAGUGACAGCUUCCAGCUCGUCUCUCCCAGAAUUCCUUGCUCUUUCCAGAACAUUUUGCUGCGGCUGUCUACGCCGUUCACUAUUCGGACCCGGCCCGACCCGUCUGCUCUGGAAAGCAGGGAGAAGGUCAUGGAAUUGAAGGGUCAGAUGAUCCAUCUUCCUGAGUCGAACUCCAUCAUGUUCCUGGGCUCGCCCCGUGUCGAUAGGCUGGAGGAGCUGAUGGGGCGUGGCUUACAUCUUUCGGACAUCCCUAUCCAUGAUGCCACCCGUGAUGUCAUACUGGUGGGCGAGCAGGCGAAGGCUCAAGAUGGUUUGAAGAAGCGCAUGGACAAGCUGAAGGCCACACUGGAGCGUACGCACCGCGCACUGGAGGAGGAGAAGCGGCGCACUGUCGAGCUGCUCUACUCCAUCUUCCCUGGCCACGUGGCACAAAGACUCUGGCAGGGACUUCCUGUCCAGGCCAAAAAGUUUGAUGAUGUCACCAUGUUGUUCUCUGACAUUGUGGGAUUCACGGCCGUGUGCGAGCACUGCACGCCCAUGCAGGUCAUCAGCAUGCUUAACGAGCUGUACACACGCUUCGACUACCAGUGCGGUGUGCUUGAUGUCUACAAGAUCGAAACGAUCGGUGAUGCGUACUGCGUGGCUGCAGGGCUCCACAGGAAAUGUGUGUGUCACGCCAGGCCGAUCGCAUUAAUGGCUCUGAAGAUGAUUGAGCUCUCAGAGGAGGUGCUCACGCCCGAUGGCAAGCCCAUCAAGCUGCGUAUAGGGAUCCACUCGGGUUCCGUGUUAGCUGGUGUGGUUGGAGUGAAGAUGCCACGGUACUGUUUGUUCGGGAACAACGUCACACUCGCGAGCAAGUUUGAGUCCGGGAGCCAGCCACGGCGCAUUAACGUUUCCCCAACAACAUACCAACUCCUCCAUGACGAUCGCUCCUUCUCUUUCAUCCCUCGCUCCCGUCAGGAGCUUCCUGAAAACUUUCCUAAAGAGAUUCCAGGAAUCUGCUACUUCCUGGAGGCAGGGAAACCCGGUCAAGGAAGCCACAUGUCCUUGACCAACACUCGCUCUGCUCCCAUCCGAAAAGCAUCCUAUAACAUCGGGACCAUGUUUCUACGUGAGACCAGCCUUUGAGGAAAGCCCUGCCGACCUACUAUGCCACUACUAAAACCAUGCCUACAAGGACAGAGGUCGCCUGUGGCAACCAGUGGCUCAGCGUGUCGGAACACAUCACUCCGAAUCCCACCCCCUCACCUCCCGCACUGAGCUGAUGAGGAGAAUUGCAGGAAAGAGAAAUGAAUAUUCAUGAAUAUUCAAAUUUGACUAUAAAAGAAAUAUGACAUUUGAAUAUAUAUAUAUUUGGAGAAAUAUACAUAUAUAUUUG